AAGCUCAGCUUUACCAGCUUCAAACAACGUGAACUUGCAGAGCGAAGAGAAAAUGGAGGGAAAGCGUUCGAACACGCAACCACUAACACUACUAAGAAAAAUCAAAGGAUUUACUGGUUCCAUUGUCGAGGAUCUCGCUCGAGGUAGAGCGCCGACAAUCUACAUCGAUCGGUUCAGAAAUUACUGUACUGACACUUCUGGAAAUUGCUCUUGCAGCUCCGAUGGAUCGACUGGCAAAGAAGCUAUAUCAUUGAAGAGGGAAUGCCAUGCACAUAGGCUUGAUGUCUUGUUGAGAGUCCUUCUGAUAAUUCAGCAACUUCUGCAAGAAAGCAGGCAUGGAUCAAAGAGAGACAUAUAUUACAUGCAUCCUACUGUUUUUAAAGAACCAUCUGUUGUUGAUCGGGCAAUUAAUGACAUUUGCAUCCUCUUGCAGUGCAGUCGGCAUAACCUUAAUGUGGUAUCUGUUGGAAACGGAUUGGUGAUGGGCUGGCUGCGGUAUGUGGAAUCUGGGAGGAAAAUUGACUGCAUUAGCAAUCCUAACACUGCAUACCCGAUUCCGGUCCAUGUGGAAGAGGUUGAUGAUAUUAUUAGUGUUGCUCAAUACGUUUUAGUUGUGGAAAAGGAAUCAGUAUUCCAGCGACUAGCAAAUGAUCAGUUUGGAAAGAGGAACCGUUGCAUUGUGAUAACAGGAAGGGGUUAUCCUGAUGUUCCUACAAGGAGGUUUCUGCGUCUCCUCGUUGACAAGCUGCAUUUGCCUGUGUAUUGCCUGGUAGAUUGUGAUCCAUAUGGCUUUGACAUCUUAACUACAUACAAAUUCGGUUCUUUGCAAAUGGCUUAUGAUGCAAAGUUUUUACGAGUCUGUGAGAUACAAUGGCUUGGAGUAUUUAUCCAGGAUUGCGACAAUUAUAGCAUUCCACAGCAAUGUCUCCUGCCUUUGACUGCAGAAGAUAAGAGGAAAGUUGAAGCGAUGUUACUUAGGUGUUAUUUGCAAAGAGAAGUACCAAAAUGGAGGUUUGAACUGGAGCUGCUGUUGCACAAAGGAGUUAAGUUUGAGAUUGAAGCAUUGUCUGUGCAUUCACUCACUUUCUUGUCCCAUGAGUAUCUACCGUCGAAAAUCCACAGUGGAGGGUAUAUCUGAAUCUUUUCUAUUUUUGUUCGGUUCUUUGGCAUGAAAAGUUCAGAGUAAUUUUCGUGUGCUUGAGUAAAUCACUUGAAAGAACAAAGCUUUACGGUUGCCAAAUUCAUCAUGUCCGUUCGUUUUGACCAUUAAGUUUUUUCAUGAUGUGGUUCUGGAUAUAGAGCUACGAAUGGGCAUUGAUGUUAAGCAGUUGGAUAGAGUGAAAUUUGUCACUGUUUGUCAUCCACAAAAUGGUACUUUGGCAUUAUUUGGAGAACCCAAGCCUUAGUGUCAAAAUUUUAAAUGAAGUUAAAAAUAGUCGCUUUAGCUUGUUAUGACAGUACAUGUUGGUCCCUGCUUUGCACGGGAAAGUAAAAUUAUGAGAAAAGUGUAGAGAUAAACAUGGACAAUAAGGAAUAGAAAUUAUGAGAGUGUAAAGAUACCUACAUAGAGAAUAAGGAAUAAUUUAUUUAUUUUUAGAAAUUAUUUAAAUUAUAUACAUUGACAAUGCAUAGAGUUUUUACCUGAAUUUUCAUCUAUGAUAGCAUGUUAGUAACUAUUUAUACCAAUUUGCAGAUCAAUGUUUAUCAUGAGAUUUAUUUGUAAUUACUUUAUAAGUGAUAUGGUUGUGUAUUUUUUAUUUUAUUUAUAUAGCUAAUGUAUUGAAUUUGAGCUCAGAAAGUUUUUGAGUUAUCCACGUCGAAAACCAAACACCCAGCAGGUUGAGAUUGAGCAAUGAUUAAAUUUCUUCUUCAUGCAAAAAGAAAAGGUUAAACUAUUGUCUCACAGAAACCAAUACAUACUC